AUGCCCCUUUUCAGUGGCUGCCCGGUGUACCGUCAUUGCACAGGCGCGCGUCCGUCUCUGUGUCAGUUGUCUGUGCGAGAACGGGACCGCAUCGCCUUCCAUUCAAUUCCGAUUAAGACGCCGACACAGAGACAACCAUGGCCUCCGGAGUAACAGUCACCGACGACGUGAUCACAGUCUUCAAUGACAUGAAGGUGCGCAAGGCGCAGGCGGGCGAGGAGGAGAAGAGGAAGCGGAAGAAGGCGGUGCUGUUCUGCUUGAGUGACGACAAGAGGAACAUCAUUCUGGAGGAGGGCCGUGAGAUUCUGAUGGGCGAGGUGGGGGAGACCAUCCAGGACCCUUACCUGCACUUUGUCAAGAUGCUACCGCCCGACGACUGCCGCUACGCCCUCUAUGACGCUACCUAUGAGACUAAGGAGACGAAGAAGGAGGACCUGGUCUUUAUCUUCUGGGCUCCUGAGAACGCUCCACUGAAAAGCAAGAUGAUCUAUGCCAGCUCCAAGGACGCCAUCAAGAAGAAGUUCACAGGUAUAAAACAUGAGUGGCAAGUCAACGGUUUGGACGACAUCAAAGACCGACGCACCCUGGCAGAGAAGCUGGGCGGCCAGUCAGUGGUCACUCUUGAAGGGAGCCCUGUAUCAGUCUAGUCCCAGGCUUCAAUCGAGGCCUGUAGGGGGUGGGGAAACACUACUAUAUCACAUAGGGUUUGGCUGUUCAUUCCAGUUUGGGACAUAACGGGGACUGGGAAAACAAGCAGGAGGUGGGCAGGGUUGAUGGGGUGGGGAUGUGUGUUGGGUUAAACAUUUCAAUUUCUGAAAUUUGAGGCUGUCAUUUCAAUUCAGAUACAUAAUGGAGGACGACAAAAUACAAAAGCGAUUUAAUGAAGGAUGGUAAACUAAGAAAUUGCAGUUCUGAAGGGUUGUGGAUGACGUGCAGUUCGAUGGGCUAUAGGAUCUGCUACAAAAUGAAGGUGAAGAGGGAACUGGGGCAAUGAGCUCGUUCUUGAAUAUUGCUGAACACUGUUUCUUCUUAAUUAUCUACCUUUUUAUUUUGCCAAACUUCUAGUUUUUACAUAAUUGUUUAGCUGAGAUUAGGUAUAAUUCAAGGACCAUUUGCGUAAAGUUUUGUUUUGGUGGGGACAUUUUCAGUGGGAGGCUGUAUCGCACUUCCAUGAUUUUAUUAUUUUUUUUUCCAUUAGUUUAACUUUGUGAUUUAAACAUAAUUCCAGUUAAAUAUUACUUGAAUAUCAUGUGAUUCAAACCAAACAAAUUGUGUGUUGGG